AUGUCCAAACGCAUCAUCAUAACAGGUGGCUCCGGCAAAGCCGGUCAAUUCAUCAUCGCCCACCUCCUUAGCCAGAACUACACCAUCCUAAACCUCGACCUGCACCCGCUGCCGGCCCCGCUCGCGGCCCGCGUGCACACCAUCCGCGUCGACCUCACCGACACCGGCCAAGUCCACAGCGCUUUCCACUCGCACUUUGCGUUGACUGAGCCCUUCCGCGAACCACUCCACCAAGCCCCUCAUGCAGUGAUCCACCUCGCCGGCUACGCGCGCAACAUGAUCGUCCCCGACAACGAGACGUACCGCGGAAACGUGCUGGCCUUCUACAACGUCCUCGAAGCCGCCUGUCACAUGGGCAUCCGCAAGAUCCUCCUAGCGUCGUCGAUCUGUGUCUACGGGGUCGCGUUUGCCGAGGGCGAUGUCGAGUACGCUUCCUUCCCUGUGGAUGAGGCCGUCCCCGCACGGCCGAUGGACGCGUACGCCAUCUCGAAGGUGUGUGGGGAGCAGACUGCUGCUGGGUUUGCGAGGCGGUUUCCCGGGACGGAUAUUUAUGUGUAUCGAUUUGGAGCGGUGGUGAGUCCGGAGGAGUUCCAAGAGAAGUUCACGGGGUAUGUGGAGCGGCCGGAGGAGUGGAAGGUGCAUGGUUGGGCGUAUACGGAUGCAAGGGAUCUGGGGGGGAUGGUGGAGAGGGGGUUAGUUGUGGAUGGGUUGGGGUUUCAGGUGUUCAAUGCGGUCAAUGAUGAGAUGACGAAUUUUGAGGAAUCAACGAAGGCGUUCUUGACCAGGGUCUGUCCUGGGGUGCCGGUUACGAGGGAGUUGGUGGGUAGAGAGGCGCCGGUAUCAAAUAAAAAGCUGAGGGAGGUGUUGGGGUUUGUGCAGCGGGUGCGGUGGCAGGAUGGGUAUCAGAAGUAGGUUGCUGAGCUUAUUGGACUGCUGGAAAG